UGGAAAUAUAGUGACGACAAAAUUAGAGACCUACUAUAUUGACGAUUGUGAACGAGUUUACAAAAGUUGGAAGGAUUAUUUAAAUUAUAAUAAUUUGCCACAGUGUUUUAUGGUGGUGCCAAAAUUAGGCGAAUAUCAAGAUUUGUUGGUUUGGGUUGUGCUGGAGUUGGACUUGCAGCUACUUUUAAUCCUGUUGGUGGCACUGUUAUGGCUUUAGGAGCAGUAGGAAUGGGAUUAAGUGGAUUGUGGUCAAUGGGAAGGAAUUCUCACAAAAUAGCAGAUCGUCAUAUUCACGAACAAUCAAUUAGCAUGAAAGACAAGGAGGGAUUUCUACGAUGGUUUGGAUUAGCGAAUAGUAUUUUAACAGUGGCAACAAGUGGCGGUUCUAUGUUACUAUCAAAUGCAAUUAAAAAUACUACUUUAAGUACUGCUGCAAAAAUAGUUCACAGUUCGGCACAAAUUGGAUCAAUUGCCGCUAGUGGAGUUAAUGUUGGUUUUAUAAUUAACAACAUUUACGAUUCUCGUCAUAAACAUUAUGUUUCAGCACAAGACACUCUAAAUCUUGUUUCGAAAUUAUUAUUAUUUACAAAUUCAACAGUUGAUUUACAAUUUGCCAAUAGUAUCUUAAAGAAAAAUCAAACAGAAUUUAUUCAAGAUUUUGAGAAUAGUUUGAGAAAAAAUCGACAUAGAAAAGAAUUUUUACGAAUGGUAAAAAACAGUACAUCCCUUCAUAAUUCACCGGAACAAAUAAUUCGAUCGACUAUUAAAAUAAGUAAUAAAAAUUUGCUAUCGUGUUCAAUUAUCAAAGACGACUUUAUAAUUAAAGGAAUUGAAGUUUCAUUGACCGAUGGAUUAAUUGUCAUUGAUGGAAAACAAUUAAUGACACCUUUGGAUUUUGUUAAAAAAUUGAAGGAACAAAAAAAUGGAGUUAGACCUAUUAAUGUUGCAUUAACAACAAAUAAUAGUAUAAGUAACAAUAUUUUUGAAAAAGUAUUGAAAAAUUUCUUGUCACGUUAUAAAGAGGAAUUUACCAAUUCAAAAUUGAGUUUAACUUUAUUUUCAUCAUUUUUAAAUCAUAUUUGCGAAAUUGAUAAUCCAGAUGUAAUUUUUGGUAAAUUACUAUUGAUUAGCAUUAAAUUGGUGAGAAAAAUUAAUAAAGGUUUAUUUAAAAAAUGUAAGAAAUAUUUAAAAAGUAAUGCUAUUUCUGAAACUGUUGACUUUCUAUGGGAAUUUAUAAAUGUCAAUCUACGAGAAAGAAUUAGACCAUUUCGACAAUCGGAUGAUUAUCGUGAAUUAAUAAUGAAAAUUAUUAUUGGCAUUCAUUCAUCAGUGAAAAAUAAUAUUGACGAGUGGAUUGAUUCACUUAAGUACUAUCUGCUAAUUAAUUUUAAAUUCAUGCAACGAAAAAUUGACAAUGAUAUGGAGGGGAAAUUGUAUUUGUUACAAGUUAUGUAAAAGAAAAUAUUCGAAAUUCUAAAUAAUUUAUUAUUAUAGUUUAUAUAUGAAAAAUGUUGAUAAAUAUUUAAUUUUACAAUUUGUUAACUAGUGACUAUUUUUUACUUUUUGUAGAAAAUAAACAUUU